AUGGCUCAUCAGCAUAUUGUGCGCCAAUUCACUCCUUACUUGACAUUAUGCAGACAUAUUCGCACGAGCACAGCCAUCCACAAUGAAAAUCCACCCUACGACAUGUCUAGCAGAACGAUAACUACGCUUGAGCAAGUCGUCCAGAACACCUCCAACGAACAGAUCAUCAAAGAAUCCAACACCAUCAUCCAACACCACUUUGAUACAUUUAAAACUGUGCGAGAAUUAGAGAGCCAAGGAUUCAGCAAAUCGCAGGCGACCGUCAUCAUGAAGGGGAUGAAGUAUAAACUAGGCGAAAGUGUGUCAGAACUAUACCAGAAGCUACUGUUGAAAACAGAUCUUGACAAUGAAUCGUAUCUCUUUCAGGCCGCUGUAUCUGAGCUGCGGACAGAGAUCCAAGUGAUGCGACAAAAAGAUACACAACAGUUGAAAUCAGAGACAUUUUUGAUCACUCGGGAAGUAGAAGCACUAGCACAAAAGAUGACUGAAGACAUUGAUUCAAUGAAAAACGAGAUUACACUGGACAUGGAGAAUAGAAAGAACGAAACGAAAAGCGACCAGAAAGAAAUCGAUAUGACGAUUCAGGAGUUAAACAGCAAAUUCACAGUCAAGUUAGGAGAAGUGAGAACAGGUCUCGAAUCAACACGUUGGGAGACAAUAUGGAAAGGAUUAGCGGGGGUUGCAGGCACCAGCAUCACCAUAGCAACAUUUGCAUAUUUCCUUACAAAUUAUGCUGAAAAGAGGGCUGAGGAUCUGCGUAUUCAGAAACAAAAGAAAAAGAAGCAAAUGCAGGAGGAUGCUCGAAGUGCCGGCUUAGUUGACAUGGAAGCUGUUUAUUGA